CUUUACCCUUCACGAGUGCGUGAAAUUACUCUAUUGCCAGAAAAACAUUGCACUGCUGGCCUUCCCUCACAUUUGGUUCUCUUCUCCACGCUUCUCGCGCGUGGACUACACCUCCAUUUCCACUCAUUUAUUCAGCACUCUCAGAACCAGUGUACCUCCGUUACAACACAUACAGAGAAGCGGAUUGUGAACAUUGGGUCAGAAUCUGUAAUAUAAAAGCUGUUGAAAUGAGCAAUAAGGAAACAAAAGAAAGAGUUGCAAAUGCCUUUCGUGCUAUGAAGGCUAUUGGAAUCUCCGAAGAUAAGGUGAAGCCAGUACUGAAGUCUUUGCUAAAAUUGUACGAUAAAAAUUGGGCGCUUAUUGAACAGGAAAAUUAUAGAGCUCUUGCUGAUGUGAUAUUUGAGAGAGAUGAAUCGAAAGCAGAAGAGCUUCCAAAGAAGGUUGUGAAUAAUGAAGUAGCAGAGCAGUCAAAGAAGAUUGAGAGUGCUCAAGUAGAGGACAAUUUGGAAGAAGAAGUUCAUGCAACUGAAGAGCCAGAACAACCAUUAAAAAGGCUGCGACGUAGAUACCAAGAUGGCCAAACUUCCUCUUUGAAUACGUCUAAUGCCGGAAAGCAAAGAACUGCACCUGUAAAGUCUAAAAAAGAACUGGAUGGGGCUAAUACCCCCAAGUUAAACGAAAAAGAAGUCAUGGUGGAGUCACCUAAGCACAACGAAGAAAACACAACAAUUCAUACACGGGCUGCCACAUCAGAAUCAGUCUGUAAAAGUAAAGGAAAACAACCUAUUUCUCCCGAACCCUUGGUUGUUCAUGAGAGAUGUGAUCCAAGCGGGCCCAGUAGCACCACUGGAAGUCAGCGAAAGACCCGAUCAAGAAUUGAAUACGGAUCACAGUCUCAUCCAAUGAGGCUCAGAGAAAGAGGGAAAGGAGUUGUCUAUGUUCACACUCCAUCCAGGAAGAAGCGGCGAGCUCCUGAAAGUUCAUCCCAUGCUGUACCUCUAAAAGAGUCUGAGACUGAGCCAAGCAUUCCUUUGUCACCUAAAAACAAGAGCAAUGCAAGUUGUGAUUUAAUUAAGCCUAAAGAUGAGCCAAUCACUAGUGACGUGCCGAGUUUAGAGGUUCCUGGUGCGAACGUUCAUCCGGAUACAUCAAAUGAAGGAGAUUCAUCGAAUAGAGGAAACUGUAGUUCUGAACCAUCAGAAACGGAAUCUGUGAGUGAAGAGGAAACAUCUACCGACUCUUCCAUGCUAAAUGAAUCACGAUACAAUAAUGAGAUGGCAAUGGUCUCAGGUGCACGGUCUUCUAAUCUAGAGAUUGCUUCCUCGACUUGUGGAGAGGUGAAAAUCUAUUUGACCUGUGGCUUCGCUUCUGAAAGUGCUGACUUCCAUAUGCCUAGUCUUGAAGCAGUUCUAAAAUCUGUUGAAGAUAAAUGUCUUCGAUCACACAAAACUUCGGACCCGUACAUUUCUAUGACGAAACUUAUGACAGAAACGUGCCAAUGCUUUCUGAAGUUAGGAACUGACUCCAGUAGUCAAUCACCAAAAACCCUUAAUGUGACUCCAACCAUUGAUUCAGUGAGUAAAUCUUCUGAAAUGGAUGCUGUAGGUGAAAAAUGCCGUUCUAGUACCAGGAUACCUCAGCCCAAAAUACAAAAUUGCAACGGCACAAAUAAUGGACCACUGCCGAACAAGAUAGAUGCUGGAGAUGAAAUAAUGACAAAUAUGCAAAACGAAGAAAAUUGUGCCGAAGAAAUUGAUGGACCGAGCUUGGAAGUUGCUCCUGAAAUUACAAGGUCACUUAAUGAUGUUGCUGACAUUGCUAAUGGGCUAGAAAAUGUUGUAAUUACAAUGGUGAAUGAGGUCAAUGAUGAGCGUCCUCUAUUUUUCCGCUACAUACCUCAAAAUGUAGCAUUCCAAAAUGCAUACGUGAAUUUCUCUCUAGCUCGUAUUGGAGAUAACAUUUGCUGUGGUACCUGUUCUGGUGAUUGUCUGUCGCUACCCCAUCCUUGUGCAUGUUCACAUGAAACUGGAGGCGAGUUUGCGUACACCACAGAUGGUCUUGUUCGGGAGGAAUUUCUUAAAGAGUGUAUUUCCAUGAACCGCAACCCGAAAAAACAUUGUCAGUAUUUCUGCAAGGAAUGUCCUUUGGAAAGAUCAAAAUGCGAGGAUGUUAUCGAACCUUGCAAAGGUCAUCUCGUAAGAAAGUUUAUAAAAGAAUGUUGGUGGAAAUGUGGCUGUCAUAAAGAAUGUGGCAACCGGGUGGUACAGCGAGGAAUAACUCGCAAGUUACAGGUGUUUAUGACUCCUCAAGGAAAAGGUUGGGGCCUACGUACUCUGGAGGACCUGCCAAAAGGUGCAUUUAUUUGUGAGUACGUUGGAGAAGUUUUGACCAAUGCAGAGCUAUUUGAACGUGUUUUAAAGAGUCCUAAGGGGGAGAAACAUUCAUAUCCCGUGCUUCUUGAUGCUGAUUGGUGUGCAGAAGGAGUGCUGAAAGAUGAAGAAGCUCUUUGCUUAGAUGCUACAUAUUACGGAAAUCUAGCUAGGUUUAUUAACCACAGAUGUUUUGAUUCAAACUUAGUCGAGAUUCCAGUGGAAGUCGAGAAUCCCGAUCACCACUAUUAUCACCUCGCAUUCUUCACUACAAGAAAAGUGAAAGCCAUGGAAGAACUCAAUUGGGAUUAUGGCAUUGAUUUUGAUGACCACGAACACCCGAUUAAGGCAUUUCGUUGUCACUGUGGAAGCAAGUCGUGCCGAAAUAUAAAGCGAUCUAGAUCAAGAUCUUCUAGAAGAUGAGCAUGUGUCGAUUCUUCUCCAUCCUCGGCAUCGAAACUUGAAACGAUUCUUCUGUGUUGUACGCUCGUGUAAUUUUUGAGCCAUCGAAAGCGAAAAAAAUGGUUAGAGAAUGAAAUGAUGUAUCAUUGUAUCUUUAUCCCCGAGCUAAUAUAGUUGUAGUACUCAUCUCUGGUUGUUAGCAAAUUUUUUAUGAUGCUCUGAUUUUUCAUUUUACUACCUUACACAUUUGGAUUCGUGCUUGUCAAAUUGUUUUUGUAUUGAUAAAUUCUUAUAACCCAAUUAAUCAAUUUCUUUUUAAUU